CAUGACCGUCAGUUGGGCGGAGCAAUAUCCUCUAAUCGUCUUGGUUAUUAUCAUAUCAACAUACUGUUUGAAUUUUCAUUAUAAUCGGAAGUUUAACUUGGACAAAAAAUAUUUGAAACAAUUGUAAAUAUGGCGAUGGAGCGUGUAUCUCACGAGGAAGAAAUCAGUACUUCGAGUGACACCAGAUAGUGCGUGUAGUGUUGGAGAUUGGUCUGAUGGUUUUUGUUCGUCUUAAGAAUGAAUGUUGGGGAAGUACUCAGCGACUUUUGCGGGUCAGAAUUUUGGAACUCCACUCUAACAUGGCACACACAAAACCCUGAUCUCACAAUAUGUUUCGAAAAAACUGUGUUAGCCCUUGUACCCUGCUCAGUAUUAUGGAUUUUUUCAUCUAUAGAAAUCUAUCACAUCUUGAAGAGUCGAAAAAAGCAUAUACCAUGGAAUUGGAGAAAUGUUUCGAAGUUGUUAGUCGUUGUUACACUGUGUUUAAUUACAGUGAUGGAAAUGUCUUUCGAUCUAUUAUAUCAAGAGAAAUUAUAUCCAGUUGAUGUAAUCACACCGUUCGUCAAACUUUGUAGUUUUGUUUUAGUAUUCACAUUCAUCAUCUAUAACCGAAAAAAUGGUAUACGUUCAUCAGGUGUACAGUUUUUCUUUUGGCUCAUUUUGGCAAUUUGUGGAAUAUUUCAGAUGCGAACAGAGAUCAGAAACUUAAGAAUCAAACAUCAGCAUUCCUACCCGUCUUACUUGUUUUAUACUAUUUAUUAUUCUUUUGUAUUGUUAUUGUUGUUUUUAAGUUCAAUGAAUGACAGACCUGCUAAAGAUUCUACCAAGAAAAACAAAAAUAUUUGUCCAGAAGAAGAAUGUUCUUUUUUAUCUCGUUUAUUUUUCUCUUGGAUCGAAACCUUAGCGUGGAAAGGUUUCAGAAAACCCCUAACGGAUGAGGAUCUUUAUGAUUUGAGGGACCAAGAUAGUGCUAGGCAUGUAGUUGUGAAUUUUGAUUACCACUGGACCAAAAAACAACACAGAAAAAAAAGAACAACAAACCCCAAAGUUUCAGUUUUACCCAUCUGCCUAGAAGCAUUUUUAUCUACUUUUAUAUUUGGGAUUUUACUGAGAUUCAGUAGUGACUUAUUAUCAUUCGUCAAUCCACAAAUUUUGAGUCUUUUAAUCAAUUUUGUUAAGCAAAAGGAAGAGCAUUGGAAAGGAUAUUUCUAUGCAGUAUUACUAUUAAGCACGGGCAUCAUAAAAUCUUUACUAUCUGUACAGUACAGUCAUAAGGCCAACGUAAUUGGAUUGCGAAUUAGAGUAGCUCUCAACUCAAUAAUCUAUAGGAAGGCCCUCAAAUUAUCUAGCAGAGCUAGAAGGAAAUAUACCGUUGGAGAAAUUGUGAACCUCAUCAGUAAUGAUACGAAAAACAUAGCCGAUCUACCGCCAAACAUAAUAUCGGUUAUUUCAGCGAUUAUUCAAGUAUUCAUGUCGUUGUAUUUCCUAUGGAGGAUCUUAGGAAUUGCAGUUUUUUCAGGUUUAAUAGUAAUGAUAUUAAUGAUACCAAUCAGCAGUUUCAUCUCCAAUAAAUUGAAAACUCUUCAAACCAAGAAAAUGAAAAGUUCUGACCAGCGUAUCAAGCAAACCAACGAACUAUUGAACAAUUUCAAAGUUUUGAAAUUGUACGCUUGGGAGCCCAUCUUUCACAGUAACAUUCUGAGAGUGAGAGAAGAAGAGUGUCAUCAUUUGAAGAACUCUGUAUUCUACAAUGUUGGGUAUUCUUUUGUUUGGUUGUGUGCUCCAUUUUUGGUUUCACUCGUUUGCUUCGCCACCUAUGUUUUGAUCGAUGAUAAAAAUAUUUUAGAUGCUCAAGUAGCUUUUGUUUCUCUUUCGCUAUUUAACAUUUUACGAGUACCUUUGAAUACGUUACCAGUUACUUUGAGCAAUAUAGUACAGGCCUCGGUCUCUUUAGUGAGAGUGAAUAAAAUGCUUGGUAAUGAGGAAUUAGAUCCAAGCGACGUUACUCAUCAUGAAGAUGUGUACCCUCUUACAAUAAAAAAUGGUGUGUUUGGAUGGGGCGAAGAACCAACUCUUAGAAAUAUCAAUAUAUCCUUGCCAAAAUCAUCUCUAACAGCUGUUGUGGGAACCGUAGGAUCAGGAAAGAGCACUUUGCUCUCCUCGUUCCUUGGAGAAACUCAUAGAUAUCGUGGUCAGGUCAAUACCCUAGGACAGAUAGCAUACGUUCCACAACAAGCGUGGAUACAAAAUGCCACUUUAAGAAACAAUAUACUGUUUGGAAAACCCUUCGAUCGUCUUAAAUACCAAAGGGUGGUUAGUGCCUGUGCUUUGAAGAGUGAUUUCGAGGCUCUUCCAGGAGGAGAUAAUACUGAAAUAGGCGAGAAAGGUGUGAAUCUAUCUGGUGGACAGCGACAAAGAAUAAGCCUAGCUAGAGCUGUCUACGCAGACGCUGAUAUAUACUUCCUAGACGAUCCUUUAAGUGCAGUUGAUACCAGAGUUGGAAGACAUAUUUUCGAGAAGGUUAUUGGACCCCGAGGCCUCCUCAGUACGAAGACUAGAGUCUUCGUAACACAUGGAAUCACGUAUUUGCCACAAACUGAUAAAGUUAUCGUCAUGAAAAAUGGUGAGGUGUCGGAGUGUGGAACCUACCAACAACUUCUAGAUAAAAAAGGAGAUUUCUCAGAUUUUCUGAUGAACCACUUGAAUGAUGAGAGUGAUGAAUAUUCUAAAGAGCAACUGUGUAGUCAAAAAACUGAAAUUGGAGUGGAUUCUAUGCAAAUGUCAGUGAUGAGUUACGAUAAACUACUUUUGUCGUCUCAAGAUGAUCUUUUAGACGAUAGUCGACUUACCGAUAUCGAAAAACUAGAAACGGGAAGUGUGGGAUGGGACGUCUAUAAAUAUUACUUGAAAACAAUUGGUUGGAAAAUGAUAACAGCAGCAAUUUUUUCUAAUUUCUUUAUGCAUCUAUUGAACAUAGGAUGUAAGGUCUGGCUGAGUAUUUGGUCUACUGAUCAAACUAUGGUGAACAAUGGAACGAAUGAUCACAACAAGACACUUUUCUAUUUAGGAAUCUAUAGUACUUUUGGAUUUGGAAAAUCCUUGAUUGGUAUUUUUGCCGUACUCGCACCUCAAAUUGGAGGCGUAUAUGCCGCCAUCAAAUUACAUCAAAGCCUUCUCCACCGCAUCGUACAUGCUCCAAUGUCAUUCUUCGAUACCACGCCAACCGGAAGACUUUUAUCCAGAUUCGCUAAAGAUAUUGGAACAGUUGAUUAUAAAUUGGCUAUGUUCCUUUACGAAGGAAUCAACAGUUUCUUUAUUGUUAUUGGAACUUUGAUAGUCACAAGUUACACCGCGCCUGUCUUCAUAGCUGUCGUUAUACCUUUGGGUUUGGUUUAUUAUUUGAUCCAGAAAUUCUACAUUGAAACAUCUAGGCAGUUGAAACGUUUGGAAGCAAUUUCCAGGUCACCUAUAUAUUCUUUGUUCAACGAAAGUAUUGCUGGAGCACCCGUGAUAAGAGCCUUCAAAGUAGAUAGAACUUUCACCAAUGAUUUCGAGAAAAAAUGCGACUUUAACAAUUCCUGCUAUUAUCUUAGCAUGAUUUCCAACAGGUGGAUGUCCCUAAGAUUAGAGAUAUUGGGGAAUCUUAUAGUCUUUUUCUCAGUCCUGUUUUCUGUUACAGUUAAACAUUUGAAUGCUGGACUACUUGGUUUAUCCAUAACAUAUGCCUUGGAGAUCACCGAAACCUUGAAUUAUCUAGUACGAAUAGCUUCUGAGGUUGAAACCAACAUCGUGUCAGUUGAACGAAUUAGAGAAUAUACCCAGGCCCCACAAGAGGCACCUUGGGAUAAUUCUGAUGUUUACAUUUCAUCAUCCUGGCCAGAAAAAGGUAUCGUUGAAUUCAGAAGUUUCGGUGUGAAAUAUAGGCCAGGGCUGGAGCUAGUAUUGAGAAAUAUCAACUUCCAAACGAAGCAGAAUGAGAAAAUUGGAAUUGUUGGAAGGACAGGGGCGGGAAAAUCGAGCCUAACUUUGUCGCUUUUCAGGAUUCUGGAAGCAGCUGAGGGAGAAAUUUUAAUAGAUGGCGUCAAUUUGGCCACUUUAGGACUCCAAACGCUGAGGUCACGAAUUACGAUAAUACCACAAGAUGCGGUGCUUUUUUCUGGUACAUUGAGAUUAAAUCUAGAUCCAUACAAUAAAUACACGGAUAGUGAAAUCUGGCAGACGCUGGAGCAUGCGCAUCUGAAGUCUUUCAUACAAACAUUUCCGGAUGGUUUGGAAUGUUCAGUUUCCGAAGGCGGAGAAAACUUUUCUCUCGGACAAAAACAACUCAUUUGUCUCGGGAGAGCCCUGCUCAGAAAAACCAAAGUGUUGAUAUUGGAUGAAGCAACUGCAGCUGUCGAUUUAGAAACCGAUAACCUGAUACAACGUACGAUAAGGCAUGAAUUUAGCGAAUGUACUGUUCUAACUAUAGCUCAUAGAUUGAAUACUAUAUUGGAUUAUGACAGAGUCAUAGUAUUGAAUAAGGGAGCAAUAGAAGAGUUUGAUUCUCCUUCAAAGUUAUUAAAAAAUAGGGGCCUAUUUUAUAAUAUGUGCAAGGAUGCUGGGAUAACUCAGUGAUCUAGAAUGAUCACUUGUAUUACAAAGCCAAAUGUGAUAUUUAGUUUUAUUUUAAGUUUAACGGAACUUAUCAAUGUAUGAAUUUUAUUGUUUUGUAUCCAAACGUGAAUUGUCUUUCUAGGUCAAUUUUUUAUUAAACUAAUUUUAUUUCUAUUUA